AUGUCGGGCGUGGAUCUGGCGUUGUAUUCACGUCAGUUGGGUACGUAUGGCUUGGAGACGAUGAGUCGUUUGGGUAGCCUUCGAGUGUUGAUAAGUGGCUUGCAGGGGACGGGUGUGGAGGUUGCCAAGAAUGUGAUUUUGGCUGGCCCAAGCUCUGUGACGCUUCACGACGACACUACGACGGAAAUGGUGGACCUUGGGAGCAACUUUUAUUUGUCGGAAGCGGAUGUGGGAGUGCGUAGUCGUGCGGAUGCAUCGGUGCAUGACUUGCGGAGCUUAAACAAUUACGUGGACGUGAGUGUGUUCCACGGGUUAGUGGACAGUGCGGUUAUUGAGCGGCAUGAUGUGGUCGUGGUGUCAAACUACGACCGCGUGCGAUGCGAGGAGUUGUCGUUGAUGUGUCGUGAGAACAAGGCGUUGUUCAUAGCCGUGAACUUGUACGGAUUGGCGGCAUCCAUCUUUGUGGACUUCGGAGAUGCUUUUCAUGUUAAGGAUGUCGACGGAGAAGAGCCCAAGACCCUCGUGGUAGAGAACCUCAACUUCGCGAGCCCUGGUACCCUCACUAUUCAAUGUAACGAAGAUCGGCGAGUACCACUCACCAGUGGAGACACCGUUGCUUUGAGUGGUGUGGAGCUGUUUGAUCAGACACCGGAUAACAUGCGACUGGCGAAGAGUGUGACGGACGUGCCGCUGGUUGUGACCGGGACGACUCAUUAUUCGCUUACGGUCGAGCGCAAAGCUGCCCGGGCUGUUAUCGAAGGUGGUGUUGCCGAAGGUGGCGAUUCGGUGUUUGAGCCCACAGUGGUUGCGGUAUCAGGACAUGUGCGGCAGCUGAAGGUUGGCAGGACUUUGAGUUUCAGGAAUUACCAGGACUCGUGCCUGCGACCUAUUCCGGAAGGCCAGGACUCGCUGGCCCUGGUAGACUUUGCUAAGUUCGGCCGAGCGGAGCAGUUGCAUAUAUGCACUCAGGCCAUUCUCCAGUUUUCAACCAAGGAGGGACGGCUGCCGGAGUGCGGGAACGGCGAUUUGACAAAGCUUACUAACCUUGCCCGGUCUCUUAAUUCACAGUAUAAGGAGGUGUCGGCAGGUGGGGAAGAGAAAAUGCUGAGUGAGGAAGAGGCGAAGCUUGGUAAACCUGUCUGGGUGGAGGAGGUGGAUCUAGGUGUACUGGAAAAACUAGCCCGAUAUACAGAUGUAAAUAUUAGUCCUAUGUGCGUGAUUUUGGGAGGCAUUGUGGCGCAGGAAGUAGUGAAGGCCACAGGCAAGUUUACUCCAAUACAUCAGUGGUUGUAUUUUGAUGUCUUCGAAGUGGUUAAUGGAUUGGAUUAUAAAACCGCGGACUUUACGCCAACAAAUUCCCGGUAUGACGACUACAUUGCUAUCUGGGGACGCGAGUGGCAAAAGAAGAUUCAAGACACGAAUUUGUUCCUGGUAGGUACCGGAGCACUUGGAUGUGAAUACUUGAAGAACUUUGCUAUGAUAGGACUCGGUAUUACUCCCAAUGGGGGUAUGAUUACUUUAACAGAUAUGGAUCGUAUUGAAUUGUCAAAUUUGAAUCGACAAUUUCUGUUCCGAAAAGAACAUGUUGGACACAGUAAAAGCAAGACAGCCGCCGAGGUUGUCAAAAAAAUGAAUAAGGAGGCACAAAUUAAAUGUCUCGAAGCCCGAGUCGGAAUUGAGACUGAAGGGGAUAUCUUCACCGAAAAAUUCUGGCAAAAUCUCGAUAUCGUUAUCAACGCCCUGGAUAACGUACCCUCCCGGCUUUACAUUGAUGGCAAAUGCGUCUGGCACAUGAAGCCCCUCAUUGAAUCCGGGACCCUAGGCACCAAAGGAAAUGUUCAGGUGAUUGUACCCAGAAUGACCGAGAGCUACGGCGAUUCCAGGGACCCCCCGGAAGAAUCGAUCCCUCUCUGUACCCUCAGACACUUUCCCAACCAGAUUGAACAUACCAUGGAAUGGUCACGAGAUUUGUUCCAGGGCAGGUUCGCUGACGCAGUUCAAGAAACCCAAAAUGUUCUCAAGUUUAAAGAAAAAGCUAUACAGUUGCUCCAAAGCCAGAUGGGAGAGCAACAGCUAAUCGAUACACUGAACAGGAUCAAAGCAUUGCUACACAUUAUUUUCCCGGGUCCGACGAUCGAAAAGUGUGUGCACGCGGCCAUCGAACACUUCCAAAAAUUAUUCCGGGAUGAUAUUGCGCAAUUAUUGCACAAUUUCCCCGCGGAUCAUGUCAAUAACGACGGUACACCAUUCUGGUGUGGGUCUAAGAGGCCUCCACAACCGAUCGAUUUCGAUGUAAAAGAUCCUCUCCAUGUUCAGUUUGUUAUCGCGUCAACAAAUUUGUUGGCUGAUGCAAUUGGUCUUUCGGCUUCAACUUUGGAUGAGGGCGUUUUGGAGCGUGUGGUUGACCAGCAUAAUUUCGAGCCGUUUAAGCCGCGUAAUAUCGUGAUACCGACGGACGAUUCGGAGUUGGACAGCAAAUCCCAGCCCACGAGCACGCUCCAGAACCUGAUGGUUAAUGAGGUUGAUUCUAUCAAGUCCGAAAUUCUUUCUCUUGUUACUCAAUCAGGCGACGUCGCUACCAAACUUGUUUCGGUCGACUUUGAGAAGGAUGAUGAUCAGCAUAUAGCUUUCGUCGCAUCCGCUGGUAAUCUGCGGGCGCGGAAUUACAAGAUUCCAGAAGUUCCUGAAUGGAAGGCGAAGAUCAUUGCAGGCAAGAUUAUACCGGCAAUUGCUACCACCACGGCGAUGAUCACUGGUUUGGCAACACUGGAAAUGAUCAAGGUGCUGACUCGCAAUUUAGUUCGGGAGAAAAAUGAGACAGAGUCGGUGAUGGCGGAUGCAGGAACGGCUGCGCUGGACAGGUCCGACAGCAAGCAAGUUUGUAACGGUGAUCAGUCAGCGUCGGUAUUGAGUGGUCGGCGCCCUUUGGAAGAUUACAAGAACGCGUUUGCAAACUUGUCGUUGCCUCUGCUGCUGCUUUCGGAGCCAGGAUCGUGCAAGCAGAUGAAGUCUGUGGACUAUGACCCCAUCGUAGGCGGUCCCGUGCGGUGCAAACCGGACCCCUUCACUUCGUGGGACAAGGUAGAAAUCAUGCUGGAACCGGGUGCUUUGGUCAAGGACCUUGUGGACCAAAUAACGAAGAAAUUUGAUACUGAAGUCAGUGUUAUCUCAGCAGGAAAUGUGUGUCUCUACAUGUCGUAUACCAAGGAUAAUAAGCUCCUUCUGCCGUUCAAGCAAGUCGUUGAGGACGCUGCCAAAAACAAAAACAGCGACCUUAAGGUCGGCCAGGGUUACUGCGUAGUGCAAGCGUGCUGCACUGAUGAAGACGGCGUAGAUGUCACCAUUCCCGUCAUCAAGUGCUCUUACCAAUAG